CUUUGUAGCAACGCUUGGACGAGGUCGCGGUAAUUUGGACGACUCCGAUUGACGGCUUUCUUGCGAGCUUUCCGAUGGACCUAUCCCCUUGCGCCGAGGCGCUCCGCAGAGCAGGAAUUACUACCCUCGGCCGGCUACUCGUCAUUGCAGGCUGGUCCGACGACGACUUGAACAUCGUUUUCAAUGAAGCCGGUCUCGAUUUGAAGGCAGCCCACCGCUUCGUGCUCCUCGACACGUUGAAGCGCUUCGACUUUGGCGAGUCGUUUGUCAGCGUGCUCCGCCUUUUCAUCCAGGUGUAUCAGCCGUUGGCGCAACGGGCCGCUGCUCUUAACAUAUGCGACCCGUCUCGCUGGGCACCUAUCGAUCCGCGCUUCUUUGCCAACCUCGACCACGAUCUGUCCUCACGCACGCGGAGGCUAGCAGAGCUGGGGAUCAGCACCGUUGUAGAUAUGGCUGCUUUGCGGGUGUGGGAGGCUGGCGACUUGCAUCGCAUGCUGAAGGAGAUCGUGCCAGAGCUAACAGUCGUCGAGCGCUUCGUCCUCGUCCGGGGCAUCCAAGAGGGAAAGGCCGAAGGCAUAUCGCAGCGAGGACCUUUACGGCUCGCUCUGGACAAGCAACCCCACCUCUGGCAACGACCGGCUGCCCAGUUUCUUGCGAAGCUGGAUCACGAUCUGUCGGAGCACCUCCCCGCACUGACGCAGGCGGGUAUGGGCUUCCUCGGCGGGCUCAUAGCCCUUGGCCACUGGAGCGAGGACGACAUGCUUGCCUUGUUGAAGGAGGCCGUCCCUGGUAUGGGUGUUCUCAGACAGAUGAUACUCAUUUGGGGCUUGCGGGAUGAGGGGGAGAGAAUGCUUGGCACGGCAUGAUCUCGACACCCAAGAAAGGAACUCGAUUGCCAUCCAGGACCACAUGGAGACCAUCUCGACAUCGAAGGUCCUCGGUCUCCGUGCAUAUCAGGACGCUGGCGCGCAUGCCUCGAGGAUCCACAGAAGUUUGGCGCAGAUAUAGCAGUCAGCCGACGAGGAUGACGGAAACUGGGCCCCCGCGCCGUCGCCGUCUUUCCUCUUGCUCCCAUGGAACCGUGGCCGGCGUCUCCUUUCGUCGGUGGAUA